UGCUCCGGCCAGCGCCCGGGCCUUUGGGCCCGAGGCGGUGGCGUCGUGUCGUCUUCUCUGAUUGAGACUUUGGUGGUGGUGGCGGUGGUGGCGGUGGUGGCGGUGGUGGCGGUGGCGUCGGCAGCGUCGGCGGCUGCUGCUGCUACUGCUACCUAAUGGUCCCGCUGUAGCCUUUCGCCGCCUUCUUGCAAGGCUGGGCCGAGGCUGAAAUGUCGCCGCUGCCGCCGCCUAUCUGGCGCCAGCUUAGCUUCAGCUUGUUGCUAGGUUCCUUCUGCAUCGCCCUGGAGUCCGCAGCGCAAGAUAACUCCCCUACAGAUGCUCUGAAUGUCCUUCUGAUCAUUGUGGAUGAUCUUCGCCCCUCCCUGGGUUGUUAUGGAGAUAAGCUAGUGAGGUCCCCAAACAUUGACCAGCUGGCAUCCCAUAGCAUUCUCUUUCAGAAUGCCUUUGCUCAGCAAGCAGUGUGCGCACCAAGUCGAGUGUCCUUCCUCACUGGGAGGAGACCUGACACCACCCGCCUGUAUGACUUCAAUUCCUACUGGAGGGUACACUCUGGAAAUUUUUCCACCAUCCCCCAAUACUUCAAGGAGAAUGGCUACGUGACCAUGUCGGUUGGGAAAGUCUUUCACCCUGGUCUAUCUUCCAAUCACAGUGAUGAUUAUCCAUAUAGCUGGUCUUUUCCACCUUAUCAUCCAUCCUCAGAGAAGUAUGAAAACACUAAGACAUGUAAGGGACAAGAUGGGAAACUCCACGCCAACCUGCUUUGUCCUGUGGACGUGGCAGAUGUGCCUGAAGGUACCUUGCCUGACAAACAGAGCACAGAGGAAGCCAUUCGAUUGUUGGAAAAGAUGAAAACAUCCGUCAGUCCUUUCUUCCUGGCGGUUGGGUAUCACAAGCCACAUAUCCCCUUCAGAUACCCCAAGAAAUUUCAGAAGUUGUAUCCCUUGGAAAAUAUAACUCUGGCUCCUGAUCCCCAUGUUCCUGAUAGCCUACCACCUGUGGCCUACAACCCCUGGAUGGACAUCAGGGAGAGGGAAGAUGUCCAAGCAUUAAACAUCAGUGUUCCCUAUGGACCAAUUCCUGAGGAGUUUCAGCGGAAAAUCCGCCAGAGCUACUUCGCUUCUGUGUCCUAUCUGGAUACUCAGGUUGGACAUCUUUUGAGUGCUCUGGAUGAUCUUCGUCUAGCCCACAACACGAUUAUUGCUUUCACAUCUGAUCAUGGAUGGGCCCUAGGUGAACACGGAGAAUGGGCCAAAUACAGCAACUUUGAUGUCACUACCCGUGUACCCCUGAUGUUCUAUGUCCCUGGAAGGACAGCUCCGCUUCCUGCAGCAGGCGAAAAGCUGUUUCCUUACCAGGACCCUUUUGACUCUGCCUCAGAAUUGAUGGAUGCAGGCAGGCACACCGAGGACCUCGUGGAACUUGUAUCUCUCUUCCCCACGCUCGCUGGACUCGCAGGCCUGUCAGUUCCUCCUCGGUGCCCCAUCCCUUCUUUUCAUGUUGAGCUGUGCAGAGAAGGCCAGAAUCUACAGAAGCAUUUGCAGCUCCAUGACUUGGAAGAGGAUCCAUACUUGUUUGGUAAUCCCCGGGAGUUGAUUGCCUAUAGCCAGUACCCCCGGCCUGCAGAUUUCCCUCAGUGGAAUUCUGACAAGCCAAGCUUAAAAGAUAUAAAGGUCAUGGGAUACUCCAUACGCACCAUAGACUAUAGGUAUACUGUGUGGGUUGGCUUCAAUCCUAGUGAAUUUCUGGCUAACUUUUCUGAUAUCCAUGCUGGGGAACUCUAUUUUGUUGAUUCUGACCCACUGCAGGAUCACAAUGUAUAUAAUGACUCCCAGCAUGGAGGUCUUUCCCACCUACUGAGGCCUUGAGCUCUGCCGGUCUCAGAGGCCACGUGUGUGUCCCCUUCGCCCUCCGGCUGGUGAAAGGAGUCAUUAGACAUGCUUAUCUCUUCCUACCCAUUGCAUUAGACAUAACCUGAGUGCGAAGCAAUGAAAACGUACAGCAGCAGUCUGACCUAGGACGAGGUGGCACACAGACCUUUUUAUGUAGUCCUUUUUAAGUUAGAAUUCACCAUUGGAUUUGGGCUAAGCUGAAGCUUUCAUUUUAAAAGCUCCCAUAGCUUCAUUACUACACAAGUACAAAGUGAACUAAGGUGUAAUCAUAUGUUUAUAUCUAAAGAUCAUGCUAGCCAGACAUAAUACUGUACUCAAGAAAUCAUUUGCUUAGUGAAUUUAGUGUAUUUCAGAUAGUAACCAUAUGUCUUACGUAGCCCAGUGGGUCAAGCAUGUUAACAUGGGAUUCAUUUCUUUCUCAAAUGUGAAAUUAAAACUGCUUCUAGAAUUACUUAGUUUCUAAGACUACAGAUUUCAGAAUCAAAGGUAAAAUACUCAUGUGAUGAUCAAUGUGGUGUUUCUUCAUUAAAUAAUGCUUACAAAGUAUAGUUAAAAUUAGGAAAUUUGGUUAACUAUUUCAGUACUCUCUGGCCCAAAUAAUAAUUUGUUAGAAAAUACUACAACUCUUGAACUCAGUGGCUAUCUGUUAAAAAUUCUGUUAUUCACAAUGAAAAGCAUUUAAAAUGCAACUAUUCCCAUGAUUUGCAUCAUUCAAAAUUGUAUUCAUAUUCCAGUUUAGAGAAUUGCAGAUAUCCAUGUACCCUGGAGGCAGAAGGUAUUCUAAUUUUUGCUAAGGAAAACAUGUAAAUUAUCUUGAGGCUUGUGGAAAGUUUUUAUUAAUGGGUAUAAGUAAUUUUCAGAAUGUAGUUCUGUAUUCCCUAAGUACAACAGUAACUAGAAUGGCAGGUAGUAAGGAUAGGGUUAUUUCAUUAUUGUCUAACAUGGUGACAACUGCUCAAUUACCAGGAGUCGACAGCUUUCGAAAUACUUUAUGUAUGUGGUUUUGUAUUUAAAUGAGUAAUUUCAAUAGUUUUCUUAAAAAUGGCUCAGUGUCUCAAGGUAAAUGUUUUUAAAACAAAAACUUCAGCAAAUAGCUAAUUACAUUAAAUUACUGUCAUGUAUUAAAUUGUAACCAAAAAGUCAAGAUACUACUUUGAAGUCUGUCAAAGUGAGAUUGUUUUCACCAGUUGGCCUCUAGUAGAGUGGUAGCUGAGAGUCCAUUUUUUUUUCCUGGAGCAAUUAAGGAGCUAACUAUCUUGACAGCAGCAGUUUGUAUUGCUGGCUUGGGAUUGAUGGUCACAUUCUCCUCUCCUGAUCCCCAUCUUUCCUUGUUCUUGAUCUUUAUUGCUCUUACGAUGUUCACUCAGUGUCAUUUUUACAAUUUAGUUUAGAAACUCCGCACAGCAUGUUUUCAUUUUGUUUAGCCUCAUCUCCCACUUCAUAGUUAGAAGGACAGAUUUUGAUACAAGUUUUUAUUUUACAUCUAUUUAUUGGUCCUGUUUGACCAUAGUAUAUAUAUUUCAUUUUUUUUUUAUUUCCCAAAGCACAGUUUCAGUGUUAAACCCCUCUGCUUUCACAUCAUAGCAGACUGGACAGAGAUGCCCUGGAUUUGAGCUAGAUGUGUUCACCCUGAUUGGCAGGUUCCUACUGUCCUGCAUUUGCCCACAAUGAGCAAACUAUAUUUGGUUUAGGCAUAGAGUAGGGAGUUUGCUGUGGCCAUCAGCUUCUUCCUUUUACUCUCAUCACCAUUGCCUCUGUCCUUCUUUCUUUCCUUCCCAAGAAAUUUACCUCCCCCCCUUUUGCCUCCCCUGUUCCUUAAAGAAUCCAUGUGUCUUCCUAAAAUCCCUCUUAACCCCUGCCCUUUAA